AGGUGCCGGGGGAUGCUCGCCGCCCGAGGCUGCCGGGGUGUCCCCGUGCGUGCGUCCGUCUGGCGCGGUCGGCCACUGCGUCUGUCUGGGGCGUCACCCCAGGACGCCCUCCAGCGGCCCGCGUCCGUCUCGCCCGCCUCGGUCCGUCCGUCUGGCCCUGCGGGUGUCUGCGCCGGUCGCGUCUGUCCGUCAGUCGGCGCCACGCCGGGGUCUCUCGGGGCCGGGGCCGGGGCCGGGGAGGGACCGGGGAGGCGGCGGCGGGGAGGGCCGGGGGCGGAGCAGGGGCGGGCGCGGGGCGGGCGGGGGCGCCGUGCGGCCCGCAGGGGGUGUGUGCGGGGGGCCGGAGGCGGCGGCUGUCAGAGUCGGCUCAGCCUGCGCCCGGGAUCAUCGGCCGCCUCCAGCUCCCGGCGCGGCCCGGCCUCAGGGCCCCAGCCCUGGCCCAGGCCAGAGAGAAGAGAUUGCGUCUUCACGGCCCGCGGGUCCCGCAUCCGCUUCUUCAGGCAGACAGGGCCCCGCCCCUGACGUGGCCACUGCCGGCCAGCGGCCUCUGUGCCCAGCCCCGUGACCCCUGCCAGGGAAGGAGACACCCUCCUGCCCCCCAGAAGCCAUGAGGCCCCCAUCGCUUCAGGCCUCCCCGUUCCUCCUCCUCCUCCUCUUCCUCCUGGAAGGAGGGGUGGAGGGCCUGGAGGAUCCAGAGCUGCUGGUGACUGUUGGCGGGGGGCGGCUGCGGGGCAUCCGCCUGAUGGCCCCAGGAGGCCCCGUCUCCGCCUUCCUGGGCAUCCCCUUUGCUGAGCCGCCCGUGGGGCCUCGCCGCUUCCUGCCGCCUGAGCCCAAGCGGCCCUGGUCAGGGGUGCUGAACGCCACGGCCUUCCAAAAUGUCUGCUAUCAAUUCGUGGACAACCAGUACCCUGGCUUUGAGGGCAGCGAGAUGUGGAACCCCAACCGGGCGCUGAGCGAAGACUGCCUGUACCUCAACGUGUGGACCCCGUCGCCCCGGCCCACGAGCCCAGCUCCCGUUCUCGUCUGGAUCUACGGUGGCGGCUUCUAUAGCGGCGCCUCCUCGCUUGACGUGUACGAAGGCCGCUUCCUGGUCCAGGCCGAGGGCGCCGUGCUGGUGUCCAUGAACUACCGGGUGGGCGCCUUCGGCUUCUUGGCCCUGGCGGGCAGCCGGGAGGCACCAGGCAACGUGGGGCUGUUGGAUCAGCGGCUGGCGCUGCAGUGGAUACAGGAGAAUGUGGCCGCCUUCGGGGGGGACCCCACGUGCGUGACACUGUUUGGGGAGAGUGCGGGCGGCGCCUCGGUGGGCAUGCACCUGCUGUCGCCCCCGAGCCGGGGCCUGUUCCACCGGGUGGUGAUGCAGAGCGGCACCCCCAAUGCGCCCUGGGCCACGGUGACCACGGGGGAGGCCCGGCGCAGGGCUACAAAGCUGGCCCGCCUGCUGGGAUGUCCCUUCACGGGCACAGGUAGCAACGACACUGAGCUGGUGGCCUGCCUGCGUGCACAGCCGCCAAAGAAGCUGGUGGAGUUCGAGUGGCACCUGUUGCCACAGGACAGUGUCUUCCGCUUCUCCUUCGUGCCGGUGUUGGAUGGGAACUUCCUUAGCGACACGCCCGAGGCCCUCCUGGAGGCCGGGGACUUCAGUGGCCUGCAGGUGCUGGUGGGUGUGGUGAAGGAUGAGGGGUCCUAUUUUCUGGUUUACGGGGCCCCCGGCUUCAGCAAAGACAACGAGUCGCUCAUCAGCCGGGCCCAGUUCCUGUCCGGGGUGCGGGUCGGGGUCCCCCAGGCAAGUGACCUGGCCGCCGAGGCUGUGGUCCUGCAGUACACAGACUGGCUGCGCCCCGAAGAGCCCGAGCUCCUGAGGGACGCCCUGAGCGAGGUGGUGGGCGACCACAACGUCGUGUGCCCACUGGCCCAGGUGGCUGGGCGGCUGGCCGCCCGGGGGGCGCGGGUCUACGCCUACCUGUUUGAGCACCGCUCGUCCACGCUCUCCUGGCCCCAGUGGAUGGGGGUGCCCCACGGCUACGAGAUCGAGUUCGUCUUUGGGCUCCCCCUGAAACCAGGGCUGAACUACACCGCAGAGGAGAAAGACUUGGCCCGGCGGAUGAUGAGAUACUGGGCCAACUUCGCACGCACAGGGAACCCCAAUAGUCCUCCGGACCCUAAAGGCUCGCAGUGGCCCCGGUACUCGGGGGACACACAGCAGUACGUGAGCUUGAACCUGCGGCCGCUGGAGCUGCGCCAGGGGCUGCACGCGCAGGCCUGCGCCUUCUGGAACCGCUUCCUCCCCAAGUUACUCAGCGCCACGGACACGCUGGACGAGGCGGAGCGCCAGUGGAAGGCCGAGUUCCACCGCUGGAGCUCCUACAUGGUGCACUGGAAGAACCAGUUCGACCACUACAGCAAGCAGGACCGCUGCUCGGACCUGUGACCCGGCGGACGCCGGCCCCGGCCCGCCCCCCCGCGCUGUACAUACUAUUUAUUACGGGCUGGGAUAUAACACGAGCCCUCCCCGCCUCUGCCCGGCCCUCCCCGGGGCGCCCCGUCCUCUGCAUGUCUCGGGCCGAGCCCCUCCCCCGCGGUGCCUUCGCCCCUCGGGGCUGCCAAUAAACUGUUACACCACC